AUGUGUCUGGCGCAAUGGAACAUAUUAAACCUCGUGUCAAGUUCAAUCGUGUUUGACCGCCCGGAUCAGUCUUUGAACUCGGACAAGUCUGAACGUGUUUCUUGCAGCUGGCCUUGCAAGUUGCAGUCUGUGUCUCACAACCCCACAACCUCAAAACCUCACAACCUCAAAACCCCACAACCCCACAACUCAAAACCUCACAACUUCACAACCUCACCUCGUAACCUCACAACCCCACAACCAUACAACCCCACAGUCUCACAAUCCCACAACCUCACAACUUUGCAACCUCACAACCUCACCUCUCGACCCCACAACCAUACAACCCCACAGUCUCACAACCCCACAAAACCUCAAAACCUCACAACCUCAAAACCCCACAAACCCACAACCUCAAUACCUCACAACUUCACAACCUCACCUCGUAACCUCACAACCCCACAAACCAUACAACCCCACAGUCUCACAAUCCCAACCAACCAACCCCACAACCUCACACCCCACAACCUAACAACCCCACAACCUAACAACCCCACAAACCUAACACCCCACAAACCCACAAACCCCCACAAACCUCAAAACCCCACAACCUCCAAAACCUCAAAACCCCCAACCUCAAAACCCCACAACCCCCACAAUCCCACAAUCCCACAACCUCACAACCCCACAACCUCAAAACCCCACAACCUCCCAGAUUGUGAUCACCCCCCCCCCCCCGUUCGUCUCAAUUACAACCGCAAUAUCGACCCUUGA